CAAAAAUUGUGUGUAAUGGAGAACUUAAUAAUCACUGAAGACAAGAGUCAAUUCCCUGAGAUGUUUACCAACAACCCUGCAAAUCUCAUAGUAAGCAAUAGUCAGGCAACUCUCAUACUUCCUUGCUUCCAGAAGAAGGUGUUUGCAGGAGUAACUGUACAUGACAGCAUUUUGUUGGGCGAGAAGAAGACAGUCACCCAAAUUUAUUCAGUUCUAAAAGAUAAUGGAAAGCUUAAAGUGAUCACUGCUAGUAACUCCUACCCAGCCUCGAUGGUUAGCUUUAUCAAAAUGACUGGAUUCACUGAUGUCCAGGAAGAAAAGGACUUUGUCGCUGCAACUAAGCCUACCUGGAGCUCAACUGGAGGAUCUUUAAAAGAAAGAAGAGAAAAGAAAGCUGAUGAUAAAUCCAACCCAUGGGCAGGAAAAUCAACUAAUGAAGUAGAUAUGGUCGAUGAAGAUGAUUUAUUAAAAGAGGAAGAGAAAGAAGGAGCCCCAGCUAAGACCUUCGCAAAGGAAUCAGACUGUAUUACUAAGCCUAAGGCAUGUGAGAACUGCAAUUGUGGAAGAAAAGAAAUAGAGGAGAAUGAAAAGAUGAGUGAAGAAAAGAAAGCAGCUCUUGAAAGUGGAAAUAUUAAAUCAAACUGUGGAAAAUGCUACCUAGGAGAUGCCUUUAGAUGUGCUACAUGCCCAUACCUAGGCCAACCAGCCUUUGAAGCAGGAGAUAAGGUGAAGCUCAAAGUUUCAGAUCAAACAGCGGUUAAAGAAGAAACUGAAACGACUGGUACAAAACUGCAAGGAACAAAAGUAGUGUUGGAAUUGUAA